AAACACUUCUCAGCAAAUUCAAUUCAAUAACAUACAUAAUAAAAGCAACUUAAUUUUUUCUUAUGAAUUUUUUCUUGUCAUCAUUUGGUGAAUACUACUCAGAUACUUCUUCUUCAUCGGAAACAACUUCUUCAAACCGUAUAAGCUCUUCUUCAGAAGUCAUUUUGGCAUCUACUAAACCAAAGAAGAAAGCAGGGAGAAGAGUGUUUAAGGAAACAAGACAUCCUGUGUACCGAGGAGUACGAAGAAGAAACAAUAACAAGUGGGUUUGUGAGAUGAGAAUUCCAAACAAAAACAACAAAAGCAAUAAGUCAAGAAUUUGGCUUGGAACAUAUACAACACCUGAAAUGGCUGCACGUGCACAUGAUGUUGCUGCACUUACUCUUAAGGGAAAUUCAGCUUGUCUUAAUUUUGCUGAUUCGGCGUGGAAGUUGAGGUUGCCGGAGUCGAAUGACGCCGUGGAGAUACGGAGGGCGGCAAUGGAGGCUGCUAAGUUGUUUGCUGUUGAAGAUGGAGUUGUUGUGGAUGAUGAUGAUAUGGUAGAUUCCAAAAAGAAUGUACUGGAGGUACAAAUUCCGGCGGUGUCGUCGGAAUUUGAAGACUUUAAUAAUUUGCUUUUGAGUAUUGCCAAUGAGCCUUUACGUUCACUUCCUACUUCACCAAUAAAUUAUGGUGGUACUAGUAACUGGGGUGACAUGGAGAUGUUUGAUACUCAAAUUUCACUAUGGAAUUUCUCAAUUUGAUUAGUAAAACUUUUUUUAAGUCGAGAGUGAAGUCACAUUAAUAUUUUUUGAUAGAUUCAAAAUAAAUUUCGAAACACACAAGGUAUAUAGAUGUAAUUGUAGUUUGCUGAUUAUUAGUUAGUUACUCACUUGCUAAGUGAUGUGCAAAUUCUUUGAUGUAAACUUUCUCAUAUGUAUUCAAUACAAUUCUAUUUUAUAA